AUAAUAUUUUCUUUGGUGCAAUUAAAAGUAUCACUAGGGAAUUUGCAUUAAAGGAGAACCUAACUUGUUUUCAACUUUACGUAAUUAAUGGUUAUUCUUAUCGGCCACUUGAAGUUAAAUCUCCAAACCCGCAAUAAUAUAAAAAUGCAAAUAUUGAUCUCCAGAUAAAUUCAACCCGUUGAUAACAGUGGUAUGACAUAUAUACAGUUGGAAGUAUUCAUUGGGGUUUUGCAACUCAACAUAACAUUGAAAACAGUACUUUAGCUUUAAAAUAUUAGCAAACUUGCAAUACACCAGAGAACUUUCACUAGAAUAAGAAUGUUUUAUUUUCUUACCUUUACCUUCUAACAAAGCAAGGCAAGAUAAGGCUGUGUGUCUGCACUAAUUUUUGGCGUGCUAAUGCAAUUGCUCGCUGGAUAAAUUCAAACGAAAUAUAACUAUAUAGAUAACCGAUCUUUGAUAAGGAUAGACAGAGUCAACAUCAUUGUAUAAAACUCACAAAAUUAAUAAAAUCUAUUUAUAUGUCGAAUAGUGAUCUCAGUUUACCGUUGAUUUUUUCUAUUUUCGUUAUUGUGAAUUGACAAAGUGCAAUGAUGAAUCCGCGGGAUGCAUCACCGAAAAUUCCGGUACUUGGCGCAAUAGAGAACAGUCUUUUGGCGCAACGAAGAGCGUCGAAGGGUUCCAAAGAUGAUAUAAACAGUAGUUAUUACCAAUAUGAAGUGUAUGAUAAUGUGCCUUUAACACCUUUAAACAAUGCACCCUUAAGUUUGAAACAAAACCUUGAAUCGCCGAUUCAGCCUUCUAAACUAACAUGGGUGGUUAACCUGGCCAGUAUGUCCAGGGACAACAUGCUUUGUUCGAAAUGUGGCGAAGGCUUUGAGCCCCAGGAAAAGAUUGUGAAUUCAACUGGGCAGCUUUGGCAUCAGCAAUGUUUUGUAUGUGCCCAGUGUUUCCGCGAGUUUGCAGAUGGCGUUUUCUACGAGUACGAUGGGAGGAAGUACUGUGAACAUGAUUUUCAUGUUCUGUUCGCUCCGUGUUGCCAAAAAUGUGGCGGAUUUAUUAUAGGUCGAGUGAUCAAGGCGAUGAACGCUUCAUGGCACGCAGAAUGUUUCCUGUGUGAAAUGUGCAAGCAAGAACUGGCUGACACUGGGUUUAUAAAAAACAGCGGAAGAGCUCUGUGUCACGAAUGCAACGCUAAAGUGAAAGCCCGAGGUCUGGGAAAAUACAUCUGCCAUAAGUGCCAUGCAAUGAUCGAUGAUCAACCACUGAAGUUCCGCGGCGAAGUGUAUCAUCCCUAUCACUUCAACUGUUCCACGUGCGGGGUUGAAUUAGAUGCAAACGCUAGGGAGGUUCGCAACCGUCCUGGAUUAGCCAAGAAUGACACCAAUGAAUUAUACUGCUUGCGGUGCCAUGAUAAGAUGGGCGUACCCAUUUGUGGCGCUUGUAGGCGCCCAAUUGAAGAGCGCGUUGUUACCGCUUUGGGCAAGCACUGGCAUGUGGAGCAUUUUGUAUGUGCCAAGUGCGAGAAGCCAUUCUUCGGCCAUCGCCACUACGAGAAGAAAGGCCUGGCUUAUUGCGAAACGCAUUAUCAUCAACUAUUUGGCAAUCUUUGCCAUCACUGCAAUCAAGUAAUCGCCGGAGAUGUGUUCACUGCGCUUAACAAGGCCUGGUGCGUUCACCACUUCGCCUGUUCAGUUUGCGACCAAAAAAUGAACCAAAAAACAAAGUUCUACGAAUGCGACUUGAAACCUGUUUGUAAGAAGUGCUACGAGAAGUUUCCCAAAGAGCUGAGAAAUCGUCUGCGAAGGCAGCAUGAAGCCGCCCCUCGAAGGGCUCCAACACCAGUGGAAUAACCACGUCCAAUGUCAAACUGCAAGAAUCUGAUCUAAUGAUAGCUAAUAUGGAAGUGGGUUCAGGAUUUAUUGUAUUUAAUUGAAGCAGGUGUUUAGAACCAGAAAAUAGUUUGAAAAAAACAUAUGCUUGACAUGUUUGUCAAGAAUUACUGACGAUAGAACCGAAUCGAUUAGUAAGCUAACGCGUCUAUUACAAAAAAAAAAACCCUUCUAAAGGAAACUGGAUGCUCAUGGGAAACUGCCGCUAAAAAGUAAUUUGCAUUAAUUUUUAAUAAUUUUUAAUUUUAAUUUUUGAGGCGUAUCAAGAUUUUUAAUAAAAAAUAAUGAAGAAAUUCACGAAUUUACAUUUUGUCCCUAUAUUCUUUGAUUUGUUGCUAAACGGUCAUUUCACUCAAAAUUACCAACUCGUAUGGAAUACUGACGCUGUUGUUGGGCUUACCCGAGUGAGUGACAUACAAACUGUUUUUGCGUUUCAUUUGAGGUUCUACAUUUUUGCUUCAAUUUGGUACUAUUUUAAUCUUGAUAUACCAUUUGCACAAAAGUUACUGCCAACUCUGCAAAAAGGUUAACAUAUUAUCUACUUAUUUAAUAUUUAAAACAAUAAGAUACUAAGGUGUUCUUUAACUUGACUAGCUAAUUGAUUUUGCAAUUUGAAUGAAAAUGUUCAACGAUAGUGCGACCAAGAUUGCUUAGCAAAUGUUUAUCAAAAGUGAUUUCUAUCUAUUUUAAUUUGAAUAUUUUCAGAAAACUCAAUUUAUUAAAAAAUGCAAACUGUUGCCUUGUUAUAAAAUGAAUAAUAUAUCUAAUAGAACUCGCAAAGAGUUAUUAAUUUGGCUAUGAUACUCUUUGAAUUCAAAAAAGUAAAUACGUACAAGAUAAAAUGUUAAAAUGCUGCUUAUAAGAUUCUCCUUGCGGCAAAUGUUUGCUAAUUUCAUCUGCAUUGCAGUCUUCAUGAUUUUGCAGUUUUCGACGCAGUGAGUGUAACUUGGUCAGUUACUUUCGACAAUUUACGAUUGUGCCUUAAUAUUAUACAAUUCAUACACUUUUGUAUUCAAACUAAUCAAUGUAAAAAUACAAAUGUUUCAUACUGGAAUAAAUCUAUGAAAUUGUUCGCUUGUAAUUGUUGUAAAAUUAUAUUUUGUACUAUAAUGUAUUUUUCAUAUUAUUAAUAUUUAUUAAUACUUUUCGUUGUUUGUUAUAUCUAACUAGUGAAUUAAUGGAAAUCGUAAUAUUUUGCUUUGCUGGAAAGCCUGAGGAUUUACAGUAGAAACGCCAUUUUAUAAGUGCCUUUUACAUGUGCCUUAGAUAUAUGUGUGCUUUCCAUUUGUUUUGGAAAAUCUCUAAUAAAAUUGAUAAUGUUAAUAGUUUAUUGUUUAAUAAACAAUUAAUAGUGAAUA